AGCAUGCCUAUCGAGCGAUAAUUCUAAGCUAACUAAACUACGUCUAAACUGGAUUUAGAAUUUAAGUAAAUUACUCUGAUUUGCGAUGGUUUGAAAUCUGGUUUACCUCUUGACUGUUCAAAAAUUUUCGUGAAACAGCGAGCAUUAUCCUGUUUGUUACACCAGGUGACCAUAUCCAGUCAUGAACAAGGACCAACUCUCCACUUCUGUAAACUCCUUGCUGGAGUUGGACAACAUCUCGGUGAACCCCAGCUACUCGGCAUCAGAAGAGGAGAGCGAACGGGUAGGGAUGGAAGAGCUCGACACAGAGAUGGAUGGUGAAGGGAAGAAGAAAAAAAAACAGAAAAAGAGAAGGAGAAAGAAAGGAGACUAUAUGGAGAAUGAAGACAGUUGUGCGGAAAUUGAAGUGAGAUCUCAGGCCGAGUCUGGGGACCCUUCAAACGAUUCUGGAUUAGCUGUGCAGAAAGGUUUGAAGGGAAGGGACCCAUCGCCUGCCAAGAGUGGCCGUGGCCUGAUGGUGCGGAAGCUCGAGUCCGGUGGUCGCUUCCGCACCAAGCUGGGUGGGGGCACCAGUCCCCUGAGCGGACACCCUGCUAAACUGUCCAGCACCUUCCCCAGGGAGGGGCAGAAGACCUUGGGCGAUGGAGCCAUGACGGCCAAGACCAGGAGGGGUUCGGCUAGUGCUCUUCAUGGUAGCCCCGCGCAGGACGGCAUGAGCAGGAAGGACUCUAGUGGAAUGGACAAGUUGGGAAGACAUGGGUCCACAGAUUCAGGUCAGGGCGAGACUCCACCGCAUCACUUUGCAAGGAAAGAUGCAGGAGGCAAAGACAAGCAAAAGAAGGGGAAGAAUGGAGGAAAGGAUAAGAAGCAAGGGAAGAAGGACGGACAGCCGUUGUCUCCCGACCAACCCACUGACUCAUCCGGUGCUACACCUAAGAAGCAAUCAUUCAAGCCGUUCGACAACUACUGGAUUCAAGAGGAUGUGACCAAAUUCUUGAAACAAGGCAAAGUGGUGAAGGGGACGCUACGGAUCAACCCCAAGAACUUUGAGGAAGCGUAUAUUGAUUCACCAGAUGGCGGUGCCGAUAUCUUCAUCGAUGGUCUUCAUGCCCGCAACAGGGCGCUUCAGGGUGAUGUAGUAGCAGUGCAGAUCCUUACGGGGGAAGUGAUCAUGACGCCCAAGUCUCAGAGGAUGAGCACGCCGAGGAAACUCCUUGCCAACCAGCCAAUCAUCGCCGUCUCAGAGAGCCCAGACAGACUGGGUUCAUCAACCCCAGGCUCCUCCACCCCCAAGAAGGUGGGAGGAAGGUACUUCUUUGGUAGUCAAGGAGACUUUGACACGAGUAGCCUGAACGAGCUGGAUGUAACAGACAACAUGAGUAGCUUGCAUCUCAAUGACUCUGAGGCAGCGUUUGGUUUCGCUGACGUCUCGGCAACAUCAGGUGAAGAGCAGGACAAGGUUGGAGACUUGGUACGCAGGGAGUGGUCAGAUGCCAGGUCCGAGGUUUCAUCAAGUAGUGAAGUGGUAGAAGACACACCCCGUACGCCGAGCAACAACAAGGGAUCCUCAACCAGCGGUGGGGGCACACCUCAGAAAUUCCGUGGAACGCUUGAAGACGAUCCCCGAAUGGCACCCAAGACAGGGAGGGUCGUGUACAUCUGUGAAUACAAACAUUCCAGAGCAGCCAGUGGUCAUCUAAAGCUUCCAUCUAACCCGAAAGCCCCUGAUGUGAUGUUCGCGCCAUCCGAUCACCGCGUCCCAAGGAUACACAUCCCCAGGAACGAGUGCCCAGCAACGUUCAUUCAGCGGCCCCAGGACUAUGCAAACACGCUCUUCAUCACACAGAUAAUCAAUUGGCCCUCCACCUCGCCGUUUGCAAAGGGGCAUUUGACGAGCAGUAUUGGACAGGCUGGUGAAGUAGAGGCAGAAACAACAGCCAUGCUGAUUGAGCAUGGUAUUAAUAGUUCAGAGUUUUCAGCUGAGGUUCUUGAAGAUCUUCCUAAAGAACGCCCCUGGAGGAUACCCGCGGAGGAGUUGUCGCAGCGACGUGACCUGAGGCCAGAGUGCAUCUUCACCAUCGACCCAACCACAGCAAGAGAUCUAGAUGAUGCGUUACACUGCAAAGCUUUAGGAGACGGUAUUUAUGAGAUGGGUGUUCAUAUAGCCGAUGUCAGCUACUUCGUGAAGGAAGAUACCAACUUGGACAAGGCUGCAAGCCUCAGGGCUACGAGUGUGUACCUCGUCCAGAAGGUGAUUCCUAUGCUGCCAAGAUUACUAUGUGAGGAGCUGUGUAGUUUAAAUCCCAAUGAGGAAAGACUUACUAUGUCCUUUGUAUGGCGAAUGACAGAGGAAGGAGAGAUCCUUCAGGAAUGGUGCGGCCGUUCAGUCAUCCGUUCCUGCGUCAAACUAAGUUAUCUGCACGCCCAGGACAUCAUAGAGAACUGGACGGAGAAAGAAGACGACAUUGUGCUUCCAGAGAUUACAAAUGGCUUCAGUAGGAAAGAUGUAGCCCUAGCUGUCCUCAAUAUGCAGAAGAUUGCUCUAAACCUACGCAAGAAGCGUUUUGAUGGAGGUGCUCUACGACUGGACCAAGUCAAACUACAGUAUUCAUUGAACAGUGAAACAGGACUUCCUAACGGUUACUCAGUCUACCAACAAAGAGACAGUAAUAGAUUGGUUGAGGAGUUCAUGUUACUCGCCAACAUGGCAGCAGCUCACCGAAUCUACAAGGCGGAACCACAGAGGGCUUUCCUGAGGCGACACCCACCUCCCAAGGACAAGAUGAUGGAUGACCUCACGACACUCUGUGAUGGGCUUGGUAUCGACAUCGAUGGAACAACAGCUGGCAAACUCCAGGCCUCGUUGAACAAGUACUGCACUUCAGAUGAGCAGGCCAAGCAUUUACUCAAGGUGCUAACAGUCCUAUACUCCAAACCAAUGCAGAAAGCGAGAUAUUUUUGCUGUGCCAGUCUGGAGGACGAGGAGAUGUACCGUCACUAUGCGCUCAACGUCCCCCUCUACACCCACUUCACAUCUCCAAUCAGAAGAUACCCAGAUAUUCUUGUACACAGAAUGCUCGCUUCAUCUCUUGGUUGUGGUCCUGUAAUGGAGAGAGACCCAGAAAGGCUACAGAGGCAAGCAGUGAGGUGUAACGAUGCUAAAGAUUCAGCCAAGGAAGUUUCAGAUAAAAGCAGUGAACUCUUCUUUUGUCACUUCGUUAAGCAAUGUGGACCUCUGGUUGAGAAAGCCAUGGUAAUGUCCGUACUAGAUCGCUCGUUUGAUGUCCUGAUAAUCAAUCUCGGACAGGUCAAGAGAGUUUACUGCAAUGCCAUACCACUGAAGAAGGUAACUGCCGUACCCAUCGGCAAGCACCACGAGUUGACCUUGGAAUGGGAGGAUGAAGCUGGGUCAAAGGGCGUUAUCCAGGUCAUCAAGAUCUUCUCACAAGUCACAGUGGAACUCAUAGCUGACAGGAUGCCAAUGAAAUAUAAGGCUAUUCUCCAAAGGCCUGGCAGUUCAUCAUAA